AUGUCAUUACUGAAAGAGAAAAUACAGUUUUGUGUUAUAAUUUGUGUUUCAAAGAACAAUCAAUUUAAGAAAAAAAAUCUUAAGACACCGGCCUCCAACGUUUAGUAAAGAUGGAUGAAGACACCAGUACAAAUGAUGACCAUGACUGUCAUAUUAGUGAUAGAGUUGAUGUAAAGAUGAAUCAAGACACCAGUAGAAAUGAUGAUCAAGAAGAUGAAAUUGAUGGAUGGAGCGACACUACUGAAGACCUUGACAUGGAUACUUCAUUAGCAGUACACGUGAAAACAGAAAAUGAACAAACAUCGGAAGAAACAGGUCAAGCCAUGAAAGAAGAAAACUUUCCUGAACUGCAAGCAAAUGCCAUUGUCAAUUUGAUAAAUACGAAUAAGAAAAAUAAAACACCUGUUAAAAAGGCAAGUCCUUCAAAAACUGAUAAAAAAAGUCCAGUUAAGUGUGAAGAAUGUGGGAAAGUAUAUCACAAUGCUCGAAGCUUAGAAAGGCACAUGAAUCUACACCUGGGGACGUACACAUGUGACAAAUGUGGAAAAGUUUGCAACUCCACUUACUCUUUGAUUAACCAUGCAAAGGUUCACGAGGGUUUCACUGGUGACGUGGUAUGUAACGUAUGUGACAAAGUGUUUUGCGACAAGAGCUCACUGAAUAAACAUACAUUGUCGGUACAUAUGGGAAUUACAAACUAUCAAUGCCAGUUCUGCAAUAAGUCAUUUUUUGGCAAAAGGACACUUGACGAACAUGAGAGGGUACAUACUGGAGAGAGGCCUUUCAAAUGUACACUGUGUCCCAAGUCCUACAAGAGAAUUGCUGAUCUCAACCAUCACCUUCGUCUUCAUAAAGGGGAGGUAUCGCACACGUGCGAACUCUGUGGAGAAGGAUUCAGGCGCGUUUCGGAAAUGAAUCGCCACAUGCGCAAACAUGAGCAACCAGAUGACUUAAACUCAUCCAUGACACUGUCUGAAGGCCACAACUGCCACUGGUGCAAUGUGUUCUUCCCCACUGCGAAAGAUUUGAAAGUCCAUAUUAAUACGCAUUUAGAAACGACCAUGCAGAAUAGAACCUUACUGACGCAGCAAGAAAACGAAGAAAAGAGGAAAAUGGUCAACAACAUUGUCAAAGAUCUCCAAAUAGGCUUUCAACCGUCCGGGAGCUAUAUGCCUUUAUAUCCCCCAUUAGGUCCCCAUAUUAGUAUGGGCCAGAAUGCAACAUAUGAAGCACCCUUAAUUGCAGCAGGUUUUAUUCCUCCUGUUGAACCUCUUCUGGAUUUGCCGCAGAUAAAGAUUGAGGUAGAUGAUGACAUGUACAAUGCUGCUGUUUUGGGAACUGAACUGAACACAAGUGAAAAGACCAGUGUUGGGAAUGUCAGUUCUAGGGAAAGAAGUGUGGAACUGGUCAAUGCCUUUGGAUUCAAUAUUACUGGAAAUUUGAGUUCAGAUCUUGAUGUAAUUGCUGCUUUAAACAAAGAAAAUGUUUGUGAUGUUAAGAAUGAAUUUAAUGAAAAUAAAAUUAAUGUUAAUGAAGGCAAUUUUUCUGCUUAUAAUGCAGACACUGAUAUUGAAGAUGCAGAUGAAAUUAACAACAUGAUAAACUAUGAGUCAGAUGGUGAUGAUGAUAGCGGUAUUAAUUAUAUCAUAAAAGAUAAGACAGAACAUGAUGAAUUUGAUUCUCAUUGUAUGCCGAAAAAUCCUGAUAUUACUAGUGAAGAAAGCUUAAGUGACAACAUUCAGGAAACUGUUGACAUAACUAACUCUCAAAAGCAAGCAGAUAAAAUGGAAACUGCUCAUAUAAAUAAGUUAAAGAUAAAUUCUGCAAAGAAGAGCAAGGGACAUGCAUAUACCAACAGCAGUUCUGAAAAAGAAGGAAAUGUAUUGCAUGAAGCAAGUGCUGCUGAACAUGCAAAAGAUGAUGGUCAUUUGAGUUCAGAGAAAAAAGCUUCAAGAAGAAAAAGGAAAUCGGUUCCUGUGAAAAGGAAAUUUAAAAAAAGGGAAGAGAAUGCUAUGAAGACAGAUGUUGUUGAUAACAGUUCAGACCAAAAUGAAGAGGGUUUGAUUGUCCAAAAGACAAAAACUCUUGAAGAGAAAAAAGAAAAUGAGGAAAACAAUGAAUGGCCAGACAGUGCAGUUUUAAAUACAAAACUCAAACCAAUUUUCUGCAGCACUUGCGAUAAAACAUUUUCAUGUAAAACAGCACUGUGUAAGCAUAUGAAUCUUCACAAGGGAACUUACACGUGCAAGAUUUGUGACAAAGUCUUUGCUGCAAAACGCUCUCUGAAAACGCACAUGGAUAUACAUAAUGGAGUGAAGGUCAAUGACAAAACUUGCAAUGUAUGCGGAAAGUCAUUUUUUGAUGUCAGUUCACUGAACAAGCAUGUUAAGUCGGUGCAUAUGGAUUACAGACCCUUCUCCUGUACUCACUGUGAUCUUCGAUUCUCCGACCGCAAGACGCUGACUGAGCACAUACGGGUGCAUACCGGAGAAAGGCCAUUCAUUUGUGAUGUGUGUGGCAAGGACUUCAAGCGCAAGGGGGAGAUGAACUAUCACAUCCGUAAGGCCCACACUGAUGAACAGAAGUUCAGCUGUACAGAGUGUGGGAAAGGAUUUCUUCGGGCCUCCAAGCUGAAGACACACAUGGAGUUCAAACACUCCAAGCUGCCGUACGGUUGUGGCGUCUGCAGAAAGCACUUCCAAUCAGAGGCCCACCUGAUCGACCAUCGAAGAGCUUCCCACGUGAACAAGCCUGCAGAAAAGAACCACAUGUGCGAGAAAUGCGGGAGAGGAUUCUGCAAGAAGUCGCGGCUGAUGCGCCAUCUGAACAGCAAAACAGACUGUAUGGAAAAGCCGUUUUUCAUCAAAGGGAAGUUUGUAUGCCGAUUCUGUUUGCGGGAAUUCGACACUAUGGGUGAGAAAGCCAUGCAUAUGAAAUUUGAACAUAGAGAUUCAGAGACCAAUCAGUUUGUGUGCUCAACCUGCGGGAAAGGUUUCCGGCGGUCCCAGGCCCUGAAGAUCCACAUGAAGAUCCACCUUCAGAUUCGGGACUACAAGUGCGAUCAGUGUGGGGCGUGUUUUGUACAAAAGCACCACCUGACCCAGCACCUGCGCACUCAUACCGGAGAGAAGCCUUACCAGUGCAGCAUCUGUGCCAAGCAGUUCGCGCAGAAUGCCACUCUGUACAGCCACAUGAAGCAUCAUUGAGUUGUUUGCAGUCUGUGUAUUUGAUAUUCUUGUAAAGCCACCAUUGAUUUGUGUGCAGUUAGCGUAUUUGAUAUUCCUGUAAAAGCCACCAUUGAUUUGUUUACAGUCAGCGUAUUUGAUAUUCCUUCAAAACACGGCCGUUAAUCAUGCGCGCCACCUCUUUUUUGAGAUGCAUUAAUAACUGAGCCAAUGCUACUUCCGAGGUGGCCCUCAGGCCUGGAUGUUUUAAAAUUAAGCGGAUAAUUUUACAGGGUGAUAAGGUUUUAUAUGUUCUUUCAACAUAUUUCGCAUUAUUUUUAAAAGUUGGCAAAUGUAGUGCGAUUCAGCGAUUAUAAAUUCAUCCAAAGCUGUAAAGAAACAUACAAUCACAACCCAUUUUGAAACGUGAGGACCUUUAUAAGUUGUAACAUGGUAGAAUUCAUAAAAGCAAAUCAAUGUCUUUUGCCUGUUUGACGAGCAAAUUCCCAGUCAAUUAAAUCGCUCAUUACAUUAAACGAUUGCUUUGAACAUGUACAAGGUAAUGCGUGCACAAAAAUAUCUAUGAUCGGCUUCUAGCCGAUCUAAUAGAUAAAUUUGCAUUUUUCCAAAAGAGAUGGAGCAAAUGCCAAGGAGGUGGCGCUCAGAUUAGGAGGUGGCGCCAAUGCACAUUUACAGCUAAAAUAAAGUGAAAUAUUUUAUGUUAUGGUUUCUAUUAUGUUUACAGGACCUUUAUUAAUUUGUGUAAGUUGACUACUUCAGCACAUUUGAGUCGCGUGCCUUUUUAAUUAGAAAAAGUAGUUUUCUAAUAAUGUCUUGAUGGAUUUAAAUGUUCGUCUUUAUAAGAUAAGAACAUUUAACAUGUAUGAUACAAAAAUGUUAACAGAAAAGACAGAGCUGUCAUAAUUUUUUUGGAGUUGAAAGUGGGAAAAACAACAUAUUUGAGCCUAAUUAAGAUUCUUUGACCUUGGCCUUUUAGUAAAUUAAGCAUUUGGAUUAAGGGACACGAAUCAUCAUUUCAAGAAGAAGUAUUAUCGUAUAUUGAUUUUGUAAAUUACCAUACUGUAGACAAAUAUUGCUGUCAAUGAAUUAUUUUGAUAAUGUUGAACAUAAAGUUAUUGGUUUUAUUGAGUAUUACAAAUGUUGGUAUAUAUCGUACAAUAUGUUUUAUUCACAUUGGUGACUAAUUAAUUGAGUUGAUCACUUAUAUAUAUAUAUAUAUAAAACCUCCUAUCAUUGGCGCCAUCUCCUAAGCAUUGGCUCCAUCUCUUUUGGACAAAUGCAAAAUUAUCUACUAUGUGGACAAGAAGCCAAUAUUUUUGUGCAUGCAGCAUCUAAUGUAUGUUGUACGCAAUUGUUUUAUGCUGUUAGCGAUUUAAUUGGGUGGAAAUGUUCUCGUCACACUGGAACAACUCAUAGAAAUGCUUUUUAAAACUCCACCAUGCCACAACUUAUAAAGGAUCUCACGUUGUUAAAUAGGUUGAGAAUCUAUGUUUCUUUCUUUUUUGGAUGAAGUAAUAUUCGCUGAAUCGCACUACAUUGUCCGAUUUUUAAAAUAAUGCAAAAAUUGGUGAAAAAACAUAUAAAACCUAAUCACCCUGUAAAAUUAUCCAUGAAAUUUCAAAACAUCCGGGCCUUAGCGCCACCUUGGAAGUUACAUUGACUCAUUUAUUAAUGCAUCUCAAAAAAGAGGUAGCGCGCAUGAUUAACGGCCAUGUAAAAGCCACCAUUGAUUUUUUUGCAGUCAGAGUAUUUGAUAGUCCUCUAAAUCCUGUGUUUUGAUUGAAAUUUCAAAUUUAAGUGAGUCUGGUUCAGGGAACUUUAGAUUAAAUACAUGUGCGUCAAUUUUCCUCUAAUAUUAGCCUGUGAAAUCAGCACAGUCUAAUAAGGGAAGAAACUUUCUGCUUUUAUGAAAUUUUGCAUUUUCUGGAAGUCUUCCAAUACAAAAAUCCAGUUAGGAUUGAAAGUGUCGUCCCUGAUUAGCCUAUGCGGACUGCACAAACUAAGCUGGGACGAAGUUUUACGCACAUGCAUUAAGCCAAUUUUGAAGAGUGUGGCUUAUACAGACUUGUGCACACACUGGAUCAGUGCAGUUUAUAUGUCAAGCAGUUCGCACAGUUAGCAAUGCUCUACAGCCACAUAA